AUGGCAACAAGUCCAUUUAGCUGGUCCGGGACCGGUCUCAGCCCUGAAGAACAGCUGGCACAAGUACCAAGUGCAUUUCCUCCCGAUGGAGUCACUCCCAACUUUAUCGACCCAGCCACGACAGGUCCGGCUGCCAGAGUCAUCAUCGGCCUGUCUCUUGGACUGAUGUACAUUUUGCUAUGUCUACGCUUAUAUACGCGUAUUGUAGCGACGUCGGCGUUCGGUGCAGAUGACUUGCUCUGUCUCAUGUCUGCGGCCACCAAUACUGCAUAUUGUGGUGUCGUCCUAUCAGCUCUUGGAAGCCCUCUCGGCCCACACCAGUGGGACGUGCCGUUGAUCAAACAAACCGAACAUUUUUUGAACAAGGCGUUUGUAUUCGUCUGUCUUUACGCCCUCGCUGCCAUGUUCCUAAAAUCAGCCUUCUUGGUCCUCUAUCUACGUCUCUUCGGGCCGUCUAGAGCAGCACGGAUUCUGAUAUGGGUCUCGCUGGUCUGCAUCAACCUCUUCUACCUUCUCAUCAUCAUCAUAGACUCGGCCAAAUGCGGCUCAGCUUUACGCAAUGGGGUUAUACCCACGAUCGACCCGGAAAACUUCAGUUUGCUUGAAUACUUGGGCAGAUUCCAACAGAUCCAGACGAGCAGCGGCUGUGCUUAUCCCCAGAUUGUUCUCUCGGCCGCCAUGAGCCUCGUCAGUGUUAUCACUGACUUUUACGUCUUGGCCAUCCCCAUCGGGCUUAUCUUGACCAUCAAGCUACCCACACAGCGCAAGAUUGGUGUGUCGGCCAUAUUUCUUACUGGCCUGAUCGCAUGUGUCUUUUCCAUUGCCUCGACCGUCUACCGCUUCCAGCUGCUCCAUAGCGACGACUUUAACUGGAUCAUCACCAUAGCACUUUCACUAACUAUGUCUAAUGACCAAGCUCGCAAUCGCAGUGCCGCAGAGAUUAAUAUUGGAAUCUGCUGCUGUUGCAUGCCCGUCUGUUACGUCGUUGUACACCGUCUGGCUACCGAUUUCCGCUCCUCCUGGGCUUCACUCGUCCGCCUCGCUUCGAGCGGCCGAAGAGGACAGUCCACCAAGGAGGUCUCGGGACAAUUUGGCAGGUCUGUGAGCAACGAUUCCCCCUACCAACAACCAUUACCAACUGUUCCGAGGGGGACUAUCACGGGGCUGAGGUCCUUUGUCCAGAAUGUGUAUCGUUCCCGGCCAGAACCAAUGUCGGAACUGCAGAGCUAUAAUGAUUUGAUCUCAGUAGACGAGAACUACCACGGGCGUCCAACCUAG